CCUCGACUGUGCUUUUGAAAACCUGUAGAAAUCAAUCAAAACAAAAUAAUGUCGACGGAAGCAAAAUAAGUGUGGGAAAGAAAAGCAAGGGCUGCAGCGUAGACGGGCUCGGCUGUAGAAAGCUGCGCAUUCGUGCAUAAGAAUGAAUUGGUUCGAUACGACGGGGAUAGCAAACUUAGCCAAAACUGCUCUGAAAGAGGCGCAGAAGCAGAUAGAUAAAGCGCUGGACAUCAAGGACGACGAUGACGCGAUUGAGACGGGUAUCGAUGACGAGACUCCAGAUAGUUCAAGCCGAGCUGUCAGUGCCACCGUGAACAAAGACCAGCUAGCAGCGAAAAACAGUGAGCAUACUGAUGUGGCCGACUCUGGGACGGGUGCCGUGUCACCAAAUGAUCCACGCUCAAGCAUCACAACGGUCCUCAAGAAUGAAACAAUCGAACAAGAAGCAGCCGACUCGCAGCAUGUUGGUUCUGUUUCGUGGGGUUCGUUUACUGGAUCAUUUUUCGAACGUCCCACGGGCUCGGUGGAGAAUGUUACCGUUACAAAGCCCCCCGCAAGUCUUAAGCGACAAAGUGUUGAGGAUUCAGAGGGUAGGGAGAUUCCGAAACCAAUCUCCAAGGAGCAUGCUCGAUCGGGAUAUUCGAAGGAAUCAACUGUUACUGUUACGAGCCCACUCACCGGCUCGCCACCAACCGAAAAGGAUAGCUCCGAAUCAAUAGAGGUGCUGAGCACAAUUACCACGCCAAUAUCGACGCUCGCCUCGCCCAACCUGCUGCCUUCCGGGGAAGCUACACAGUACGAUGGAGAGUCGGAAUCGGUUGAAGUGCUUGGCACGCAAGGUACUGCGUCUAGUGUUUCGUCCCCGGAAUCUCUGACUGCAGCCGACCAGAACAGCCCCCAUGGUCAGACUGGGAACAAUGAUGGUGACUUUAUAGCUCUAUCUAGCUUCGAGAUGCACCGUGGAACGUCGGAUGAUCAUGAGGACGAUAUCAGCAUAGAAGAUGAUUCUAUGUCGUACACUUUGUCGGAGCAACCUGUAACGGUGAUGGAGGCAAACAGUACGAUGUCUCCCAUUACGGUUGCACCAACUCGCAGCGGCCUUCACCUUCCUCUUCCCAGUACAUUUUCACCGAGGGACGUAAAAGAGGGCGUGCGCAAUAUAUCCGUGGUUGAAACAGCUGCGAAUAAUUGGGCAUCCUCUUCGACGGCCCGGCUCGGUUUCACCGGUACGGCGGAGUCAAGCGAAUCCGAGUGGGCUGCCGGCGGUGAGGCCGGUUAUGAAAAAAAGCCACAGCCGACACAAAACGACGAGCAGGAUUUGGAUCGGAGCUACGAAAACGUCGAAAUUCAAACACAAACAUCCGAUUCGACGCAAAGCUUCGAGGAGAUCACCCCGAGUGGUAGUGUGCUGGAUGUAAAGACUUCGCUGGAUGAUAACGAGGAAGUGCAACGAUCGAGACAGACGGCAGUGAUCGAGGGUACAUUCAAAGCUACCGCAUCCGCAUCGACGAUGGUUCCGGAAGGGGAAGAAGGCAUACACCACGCUGGUCCCAACUUGGGCGACGAUGAGAUCGAAACGACCACCUCGUCGGAUAUCGAGAUCAUCUCUAGUCCGAACGGGGGAGACUCGAGUAGCACGCACAGCAAUGGUGCGUAUCGUACGAGUCCCCUUAAGGCACGGGAUAACAAAAGUGAGGACAUCGAUAUUCUACUCACCCGAAAGCAUCGUGGCCACAUACGCGAACCAUCGGAAGCGUCGGUUCACAGCGGAAACAGUGAUGAGUCGGGUCACCAGACCGAGUCGGAGCGAUUGAUGCGACGGCUAGCGGAAGUGUCGGAAACACUCGAGCAGCGUGAAUAUCGGCUCGUCCAGCUUGGGCGUCAGAACGCGGAGUUGCAGGAACAGAACACGGCGCUCCUACUGCAGCUCGAGACGAAAGCGGCCCGCACAUCGGAAGGCACCCCCGAUUCGGAGGGCUAUACGCAACGCCUUUCGGCGCUUGAGCGCAAGUUCCAACAGGCGAUACGGGAGAAGGAAAUUCUAAAGCGGCAGCUACAAACGCUGCGCGCGGAGGAAGAGCAGAAGGUGGCGCGCAGGGAGGUGGACAAAGUGCUUGCCGAGCGCGACUUUAUGAUCGGCGAACUGCAGAAGGAGGGUGAAAGCUUGUCCAAGCAGGUGCUGCAGCAUUCGAACAUCAUUAAGAAACUGCGCGCGAAGGAAAAGGAAAGCGAUGCCUUGAUUCGCAAGCAACGGGAUGAACUAAGCGAACUGGUGGAGGAGGCGGAACGGCUCAAACGUUCGCUGUCCGCUAAGGAGGAGGUCGAGCGGUCCCAAAUCGACGCCGUCCACAAGCUGUCGUUUGAGAAGCAAAAGCUCGAACGAGACUGCGGUCAGUUGAAAAGCAACCUGGACGAUCAUGCGCAACGCUUGGAGACGCUCCGGAAGUCGUUCGACUGCGCUCGCAAGGAGCUGAACGAGCAGGCCGAGUCGUACCGCGAGCUGCAGCAGCGAUUCACCAAGCUGCAGGGGAUCGAAACCGAACACGGUAAGGCGCAGAAAGCAAGCGAGCAGAUGGUGAUGCAGCUGGAGGAGCUGCGCGAACAGCUGAGGCGCACCGAGCAAGAGUACAGCCAGCGGUUCGUGCGAGCCAAGCACGAGCAUGCGGAGCUGCUGAGCCGGCUGGAAGCGACCGAGAUGCGCGCGGAAGAGGAGAAAAACUCUGCCGCUUCGCUAACGAUACCCCUGAUGAAGCAGCUCGAGUCCCUGCAGAACACCCUACGCCACAAGGAUCAGGUGUGGGAGCAGCGUGAAGCGGCUGUCGCUAAACAGUUGGCGGACGCCCUCGAGCAGGGCAAGUACGAGGCCGAGCGCGAGCGAUCGCACCGGGACCAGAUCGCUUCGCUGCAGAAUCGCAUCGCCAAUUUGGAGGAGCGACUCACGGCAGCCCUAUUUCAGGUGGAGGAAACAACGAGCGAACUAAUGCAGAAGCAGCUCGACGUGGAGCUGUUCGAACGUGAUAUACAGAAACGACUGGCAGAGAGCGAGGGAGAACGCCUCUCGCUGUCCGAACGGCUGCACGAAAAGGAGCUGCUAGUGAGUAAGCUUGAGCAGCGCCUACAGCAGGUGGUCGGCAGUCAGGAUCUUGCCUCUACCCUACACUACCGCGCACCAGACAAAGCAACCGUUUCAAACCUAGCCUACCAUUCCUCUCAGCCAUCUUCUAUGGCAAACGAAACCGCAACUGCACUCGCUUCCAACGCUCCCAGCGAAAGUCCCACGGUCGAGUACACCGCGUCCAAGCGCGGCGUGUGCGACUCUUCGCCAACGCCCAGCAUCGGCAACCUUUCGCUCUCCGAAUCGCUGGCGAGCAUUCCCUGGAACGCGACGGAGGAAGAGACUGGUUCGCUGGAGGCCAGCACCGGGUAUGCAGACGGUGCGCCUGGUACCGGUUUGGCACCGGUGCAUCUUCUCAACAACACAUCGCUGCUCGAGACGCUGCAGGCGAUGCUGAAGCAGCGCGACGGCGAGGUGCAUCAGCUGCAGUGGGAAGUGAGCCGCUUCCAGCAGGAGCGCAUCAUACUGAACACAGAAAUAUCGAAGCUCACGAUGGAACUCGAUAACAUACGAGAGAAAAACAACCGUCGAUUCGAGCUGGAGGAGGAGCAAAUGGAGCUGCAGAAGCGCUACGACGCGUUGCUCCAGAUGUACGGCGAGUCGGUGGAGAAGACGGAGGAGCUGCGAUUGGAUCUGGUGGACGUGAAGGAAAUGUACAAGCUGCAAAUCGACGACCUGCUCCGGCAGCAGCGCGAACUGAUCGCCACCAUCAACUCCAGCCAGCAAGCGUCACCGCUACCUUCCAAGGCGAAUCCAAAUUAGUAAUGUUUACAUGAUUGUUUUUAAAUUAAACCCCCUCACACCCCUCCCGUACACGCGCGUCCCACGUUAAACUGUACGCUAUAUAUGCUUAAUCUAUGGUUUCUAAAACCUGACGUUGAGAUCCGUUGCACUUGAGUUGGUUAAACUUUGGUAAUGUGUCAACUCCCGGCGUAACGUUAAACCCAUUGAAUUGUUUUGCUCAAUUUCGAUAUCGGAUUGGAUCGUAUCGGAAUACACCAACACACUCAACAGGUUUAAGCGAAUUCUAUGCAACGCGUAAGGAUAUAUGAGCGGGACGAUCGACAUCAGUCUUAUUGUAUUUAUUUUUUAACUAUUCGUAUCUACGAUGCCAACCAUUCGAAGGCGAUCGCUGAGAGUCAGACGAACUUUAAGGUUAAGUUUAGUCAUACAGAGGAUAUUACAUUUUACGGCAGGCUUCAAUUCGAUAUUUAUAUUUUGACCAGCCUAGCACUAAAUUACACGUCCAGCGCAUCGUUCAACUUCCAUUGCGUAACAAUCCGGUAGUGAGCUUGAAGCGAUGGUCGAACCGGGUUUAACUUUACGCUUCGCAAACGUAAGAGUUAACCCCUUGCCUAUCGUAGAAUGUCGUUUCGUGUGUGGUAAAUUUUGUGAGGGAAACAAGCAAAAGACGUUUAGAAAAUUUAGCCAUUAGAUUCUAGAGCGAGGGUUUGCGGAUCCUGUCACAAAAUGGCGAGGUAAUGGGAUUAGGUGAACCGAGUACACGAUGAAAAGAGUCAAGUGAAGCAAGUGCGUACAGGGUGAGUGAUAAAAAAAAGAAUGCAGCAACUGUCCAACUGUAUUCGACACCUCCUCUCAAUCUCUUUACUAAAUCGCGAUAUGCUUUAAAAGCUGCAGCCAGUGAUAGAUGGUUAUGGCAAUACCACCAGGAUGAAUAAAAUCUUUAUUAUAUUGUA